UUUGCUGUUUCAGAGUGAUGCUUAACACAAACACGCCAAGUACAAUGAAUCCUGUUGAAAUAUCUCAUCGCGAGAAAUGUGAUGAAUUAUGUGCAACAGUUAAAAGAUCUGUUCAAGUGGUCAAAAAUAGUGUUCCACCAAGUGACCAAUAUGAAUACUAUGAAGCUUUUCCCAGGUAUCAAAAUGUGAUUCAUAAACUAAAUGAUUCAAUAUACAAAACCAUGAAUUCUAUCUUUUCGAGCGAGAAAUUAUCAACUUCUUAUCGCCAAACUAAAGAUGACAAAGACUUUUCUGACAAAUUUGACAUGAUGGUGGAAGCGAAUGAUGUGAUAUUAGAGAAGGUUGGAAAUCUUAUGGACGAGGCUAUGGGCUUGCGCUGUGAACCUGCAAUUAAAGUGAGCACUAGUGCCCCAGCAGUUGCAGCUUCUUGGAACAAAACCCAGCAGCAAUCUACGCUCAAAUCUCAGAAAUCGUUUUCUUGUAUUAAUUGGCUUCCAAAGCCGCAAAAUGAUUUCCAAGAAAAGCCUGAUAAUUCAACCUUGCCAUUCACUCCAAACUUGAUGGUAAAACCGAACUGUGUUAAAAGCCUAUCCAGGUCCUAUUCCUUGUUUGUGAAUGGCGAAUAUAAGGAUACUGUUGACGUGACACGGAAUCAACCUAUUCUGCAGCGAUCAUACUCGUUUUCAAAACAAUUUCUAGAGGAAAUAACUGGACACCACUACGAAGCCGAGCUGAGUUCAUUUAUUCCUUCAGAGCAUUUGCUAGAACCCGUGAUUUGCAUCAGACCAUCUGAAGUAACGCUUGCGAAUCUGCACUUUAUUGAUACGCUAACCGGUUUAAACUCUCUGAUAGAAAAAUUAAUAACACAAAAAGAAAUAGCAGUUGAUUGCGAGGCACAUAGUCAUCGUUCGUUUUUAGGCUUUGUUUGUCUGCUUCAGAUUUCCACGAGAACAAAUGACUAUUUAGUGGAUACGAUUGCGUUGCGAGAUCAUAUUCAAAAGCUCAACGUUAUUUUCACCAAUCCCAAAAUACUAAAAGUAAUGCAUGGCUGUGAUUCGGAUGUGCUGUGGUUUCAGAGAGAUUUCGGGCUUUAUCUGGUUAAUGUAUUUGAUACAGGACAAGCUGCAAGAGCAUUGAAUUAUCCUACUUUUGCAUUAAGCUAUCUUCUGAAAAGAUUUGUUAACUUCGACGCUCAUAAGGAGUACCAAAUGGCGGACUGGAGACAAAGGCCCUUGCCUCAAGAGAUGAUUGAGUAUGCCCGCAUGGAUACACACGCCUUGUUAUACAUUGCUGACAAUUUGCGGAAUGCACUCUACGAAAUGCAAGAUAAUUCAUUGUUCGAAGUUUUCAAUAAAAGCAGACUUUUGUGUCUUAAAAAGUACAGUAAGCCAGAGUACCAUGCUUGCUCUUACCAAAAAGUUCUGCGGAAUGUUCGGAAAAGAAUGACAACUCAACAAGAGUUUGUCAUUGCGAAACUUUAUGACUGGCGAGAAGAAACUGCUCGUUCGUUGGAUGAAAGUCCCCAUUAUGUGUUGCCCAAUCACAUGCUGAUCCGAAUUGCCGAAGUGUUACCUCGAGAGGCGCAGGGUAUUUUGGCUUGUUGUAACCCUGUUCCACCAUUAGUACGGGAGUACUUGAGCGUACUGCACAAGGUGAUCCUGGAAGCCAAACUGAAGCACUUGGGCAGUAACGACAGCGAAGCUAACCCGAAGUUUCAAAGCGUGUCCAAAAUGGUAUCCCAUACUGAAAAAGUAUUCCCCCAUGAUUCAAAUUUGGGUUCAACCAUGGAAGCUAUGCUGGAUUUGGACGCAGUAGUUGAAUUCAAUCUAUGUGCAGAUAGACCUCAACUUGCUAUGUUUACGAAACCUCUUCCAUCUCACAAUCAAGGCAACCCAUCAUCAGUUUUGGCUGGUAUGGAGCAUCCACUGUCCAAGUACUUGGCAGACAUGAAGAUCGAGCCUAAAUUCAUGACUAAAAAGGAACGCGAUGCAAAUUCUCUGGCUCUGAACACCACAAAGAAGGGAGACAAAUCUAAACUGCGUCACAGGUGGCGCCUUUGUGCACAGCAGCCUGCAGCGCCUCUGAAGAAAACCGUUGAAGCUAAAGAUACUUUCAACCAAGAAAACAAUGAAGCGACAGUAGUGGAAAUUCCUAUAGUAUUUGACGAAGAGUUAACAGCGAAGAGCCUUUUGAAGGAUAAAUCAGAGAUGAAAAAAGAGAAAAAGCGGAAAAAGCGAGAGGUGAUAGAGGUAAACGAUAACGAAGAUUCAGAAGUUGCUCCAGCUAAGAAGAAAAAGAAAGCGAACAAAGGGGAGUUGAAAUUUUCAAGUAUUGAUGGACAAGAGAAUAGCUUGAAUGCGGUGAACGACGAGGAGUUCGAACAUCCGAGUUUGGGCCCUGCGAAGAAAGCAAAGAAACUGAAAAAAUCUGGGUUCUCGGGGUCACUGAUGCCGAAGAUCAAAGCAUUCUCAAACAAAUCGUUCUCCUUCAAACCAAAACAGUGACACUCAGCCUGCUUUCACUUACCGUUAAUCAAUAUAUGAGCGCCUAUUUAGAUGAGGAAAUGAUAAAAUUGGCGAGUCGUUUUUAAAAUCA